AUGGCUGGAGCCACACGGGAUAGGCGUCUGGUCAAGGAGUUAGGCAAGAUGCACAAGGACGGAAUGCCUCCUGGGAUCACAUUGAUAGAGCGAAACGACAGCGUUGCCGGCGACUGGUUCGUCGACAUCCAGGUGCUCGACGAGAAUCCGCUUUACAAAGAUCAAAUCUAUCGUCUCAAGUUCCACUUCCCCAAGAUGUAUCCCAUAGAACCCCCAGAGGUUACCUUCAACAAGCAAACCGACCGUCCGAUUCCAAUGCACCCCCACAUCUACUCCAACGGCAUCAUCUGCCUAGAUUUGCUUGGCCAGCAGGGCUGGAGUCCUGUCCAAAGUGUUUCCAGCGUCUGUAUGAGCAUUCAAAGCAUGUUGACGAGCAACGACAAGGACGAGCGACCUCCCGGUGACGAAGACUUCGUGCGAGGCAACAGACAACGACCCCGAGACAUCGAGUUCCUCUACCACGACAAUACCGUCUAG